AUGGACAUUCGUUUCCUAGCUUCAGCAGCUGUUACAGCGUUAGCCACGGUUGGCCUUGCAAGUGCAACAGUAGGUGUAUUCGAUAUCAAUGACCUCCUGCAACCAGAUCUACAACAUGUCCUCGGUUCAGGCGGAACCCAUCACGAUGCGCCAUGGUCACACAAGCCAUACUGCAUUACCAGCUCGUAUCUUACCACAUUGGAUCAGGAAUACUGCGUCUACACAUCCAACACAACAGGCCCACAUGGCCUUUCCCUCGUCUUCUCCCCGGCUUCCGCGCAUUUAGCAACAAAAUAUCUCGACGACAACCCAAUCAAUAGUUUCCUAACGCAGCAAGACGCUGAACGUCUGUACCUUGGCGGCCAACCAUGGAAGAUCGUGGACGUACCUGGGAAAGCGAAAGGCGUAGUAGCUACUCGGAAGAUCAAGAUGUACGAGACAUUCAUGAUUGACCAAGCAGCUGUUGUGGUAGACGUAGAAGCCGAGAAUGCUUUGACCGAUGAGGAGAACAAGAAGUUGUUGAAGAGGGCGGUGGAUCAAUUGCUCGUGCCGGGUAUGAUUCGAGAUAUGAGUGCUGCGCAUGCCGGAAACAGAGGCGACGCCAAUGAAGGUGAUGAAGAACAGGACACAGAAGGGAGAUUGGAAGAAGAUAUCAUGAAGACAAAUUCUUAUGGAAGUACGGUGGCUGAGGUCAGCUCGAAGGCGUUAUAUCCACUAAUUUCACGAAUAAACCAUGCCUGCAACCCAAAUUCCUUCGUUCUCUUCUCUCGCGCUGGCGUCUCAAUGGCCAUAAAAGCCUACCGCGAUAUCGAACCUGGCGAGGAAAUCACCGUAUCCUGCCUCCCCUCUCCGAAACGCCAAUCUUUAAUAAAGCGCUGGGGUUUCAAAUGCACAUGCGACCUAUGUAGCCUCCCUACCCAAGAACGACAGGCUUCAGAUCUCCGCCGCACCGUGAUCGCGCAAGCCGAGGAAAAGAUCAUAGAACUAGCGCAAGAGUACAAACUCACCGAAGCGAUCUCUCUGGCAGUAGAAUCUGUGGAGAUGAUCAAGGAAGAGGGGAUUUGGUCCAUGUUGACUGAUGAGUACGCCAUGUUGGCGAUGCUAUGGUUGGAGAAGGGGGAUAAGGGGAAGGCGGAAAUGUACGGUAAGAAGACGCAUAGGCUGUUGGCAGACCUGGGAUUCUUGGGUAUUGGAGAGGAGAGGGAGGCGUGGAAUUUGGAGACGCUGUUGACGAACAUUGGAGGGCUGGGUGGUAUGGGGAAGGCAUGGAAGAAGGGCCCGUUGAGAGGCUGA